AUGACUCGGCCGUCCACGGCCAUGACAUCAAGGUCAUACAUCACCACAUCACCCCGGCCAUCGUCCACCAUGGACGGCCGUAUCUGUACAAAAAGCCCCAGACUAUCUGUGCUCGAAAGGGCACAAGAAGCCAGGCGAGAAGAAGACGUACUCCUCAUCCGGGCAGCGAGGAGGGAGAGCCUUGCCCACAAACUAGCGCCUGGCAGGACUACUGCCGAUGGGUUCUGGGCCCUCACCGUGGAACACCCCCAAAGAUAUACGGCCGCCCCAAGGAGGCUUCCCGGCCAGGACACCUCAAGUUGGACUAUUCGACCGCAGCACGCAGGAUACCAGUCCUUCGACGUGGAUGUGCUUGCUACUAUCCUGGAGGAAAAGCAUAACAUGGACCCCGAAAGAGCGUCACGCGCCAUGAGGAUAUGGGAUGCUGUCAUCAAGUGUCUAGACGAGAUAUCAUCUUCGCUGGAUGCGAGUACAAGGCACUUGACGUGUGACCCGACCAAGGGCAUGGAUGGUGAGGUACCUACAGAACUUCACUCUCCCUCAUCACCGGCGAGACCCAGCGUUCGGGACCUACUCUCUGAACACCAAGACCUUUCAGAGCCAGCUGAAGACACAGCCGGACACAGAUACCCCUGCCCAUUUAGGAAGCGGAAUCCAGUGAGGUUCAACAUCCGGGAGCACGAGAGUUGUGCCAAGGCUCCCUUCUCGUUCACCGAAUUAAGACACCACCUCGCUUCUCACCACAAGCAAACAUUUAGGCCUCGCCAAUGCCAUCGCUGCAAGGUGCAAUUUGACAGUGACAUGGCUUUGCUGGAGCACCUCAUGCUUCCCAAAGACCGGAUAUGUGAUGUCGACUCAUCCAAAAAUCUCUAUGACCAGGAAGAUGGCAUCUCUCCAGACGUUGAGAAGGCGCUGCAUGACCCAAAACAGAGCAGUGAUUCGUGGACGUGGGAGUCAAUAUGGAAUCUGUUAUUCCCGUGUGACACCGAGAUUCCUGACUCAGGUUUGUUUCCUCACCACUGUUUGCCUGCGUGA